CUUGAGUAUGGAUAAUCCGAUUCCUUGAGUUUCAGUAGUUGCUUCUUAGCACGCAUUUCAACCUAACAAGUACGGCUAAUUAGUGUAGUGCAACUACCACUUUCAAUUCUUACAGCCUCUUUAAACCGCAGCACAGACUCACUUGUCUUCAACCAAAUGAGAAAUGGGGACUGAAAAGGUGAAAUUGGCGGUGAUUAUCCAGAACCCAUCCAACAAGGAAGAUUUUCUCCUAACAAAGCAAACGCCACCCCCGAAAUUCAACGACCCUGAGUAUGAUUUAUAUCAGGAUUCUGAUCUUUGGGACUUGCCCUCUGCACAAUUAUCACUUCUUGAUAGCCCGUUGAGUAGUUCUCAAGUUCAAAUUGGAGCUGAGGACAAUUCCUUGUUGGAAUUCUUAAGUGGGUUUGAUCUUGAUUCAGCUAUUAAUCAGGUGCUUGGGCAAGUGGGAUUUCUGAAAGCCACCAAGGUAAAGUGGAAUGUCUCAAAGGUCGUAGAGGAACCUGAAUUUGGACCUGGUGUACCAGUUAAGACCGUGUAUAUUGUCGGAGAAUUAGAACCCAAUGCUGCGAUGUCAGAAGAUUGCUGGAAGUGGAGGAACACCAAAGACUGUGCGGAUUUGCUUCUGGAAGCAAAGCUUCAUAAUGAUCGUAUAGGGCCAUUAGUUUUUGUUGGUCUUCUGAAUGAUUCAAUGGAAAUUACGAACUUGAACAUUCCUGCCACCUUGAGAUCUCAGGAAUAUCCUCCUGGUGUUAAACUUGUUCCCAUGAGAAGCAGAACAGCGAAGCCUUUCCACACCACAAAUUUAGUUGUGUUUGUGCCUGGGACUAGCUAUGAUGGCUUGGGUGGUGAUAAUUUUAUUGCUAGUGGAGAUGCACUCAUCAUAGAUCCUGGAUGCAACUCUGCUAUGCACAAAGAGCUGGAACACAUUGUUACUGCACUCCCACGGAAGUUGGUCGUGUUUGUGACCCAUCAUCAUCAUGAUCACGUCGAUGGUCUCUCCAUCGUUCAGAAGUGCAAUCCUGAUGCUACUCUCUUGGCUCACGAAAACACCUUUCGACGAAUUAGUAAAGAUGAUUGGUCUCUGGGAUAUGUUCCAGUUCUGGGAUCUGAAGAAAUCUGUAUUGGUGGUCAACGUUUGAAACUCAUUUCAGCUCCAGGGCAUACAGAUGGACACAUGGCAUUGGUUCAUGCAGCUACUAACUCAUUGAUAGUUGGAGAUCAUUGUGUUGGCCAAGGAAGUGCACUCUUGGACAUUACUUCUGGUGGAAAUAUGAGUGAUUAUUUUCACACGACAUACAAGUUUAUGGAGCUAUCCCCACAUGUACUGAUUCCUAUGCAUGGUAGAGUUAAUAUGUGGCCAAAGCACAUGCUCUGUGGGUAUCUUAAAAACCGCAGAAAUCGAGAAGCUACUAUCUUGAAAGCUAUACAAGAAGGAGCCAAAACAUUGUUUGACAUUGUUGCAUAUACAUAUGCUGAAGUUGAUCGCAGUUUAUGGAUUCAUGCUGCAUCAAAUGUGAGGCUCCAUGUCGAUCACCUUGCCCUGCAGAAUAAAUUACCGGAGGAAUUCUCGGUGCAGAGAUUUCAUUCAACCUGUAAACUGAAUUUCUUUUCUCGUUGGAUAUGGGAAUAUCUACGCAGUACUCUCUCCAUAAAGCAUCAUCAUUUACAGAUAGUUCAAUUUCUAGGAGCAGGGGCGGUGGCAGCCAUUGCUGUGUUUGUACUCCGAUGGAGAGGUGCUUAGCUCAAAGAAAAGGGCGUAAGCAUAUUCAGAAGAAAGCAUAAGAAUAUCAGUACAGUAUGCUCUGUUGUAUCAUCAAUAAGACUUGCAAAAAAAGUUUCAUUCAACUUGUUUCCAUCAAAUAGAUCAAUGAAAGGAUCUCGUGAGAUACCAGUAUUAUUAGUUAGUAGCAUUAUCAAUACAGAAAGCCCUUAUAAAUUGUUCUGCCCCUCCCCCCCUAUAGUAAAACAUAAUUAGAUUGAUAUGUUGAAUGGGGCA